GCUGAUGAGUGGUAGCCAGUAGACAACAGAGGGUUGUUGAGUGACUGCAGGUAGGCAGGUGAUACAUGUGAUGCUUCACGAACGAAUGGCAUGCACGAUCGAGUCAGUCGAGUGUGCGUGUAUGUGUAUACCUUUGCAGUCAGUGACGUGCAGCACGGACACAUACACGAAGGUAGACACGAACACACGUACACAUAAAAGGAGUUGGUGACGACUUGUCGCGUCAAAACUGUGAGCCGUCACGGAACGGAUGACCGCAUGGAGGGCACAAAACGCAAAACCGACAGCGAACUAUCUGUCGCUGCAUGGUACGUGUCACGUCAAGACCGGUACACCACAGGUCGCCAUCACACACACACAUCCCCACAAACAUUGCGAUCGGCACAUAUCACGGCAAGGGAGGGAGGCGGGGAAAAAGCCCCUCCAUCUGUCAGUCACAGCUGCCCCCCACUGUCCAAGAGCACGUCACCACUCCCACCCCCAUCGCCCACCUCUGGUGCUGGCGUUGUCAAGUCCUCUGAUCGAUCUUCCCAUGGACGAUGCCCCCAUGGGUACGCCAGCCCAAAGUACCUCUCCAGCACCCGAUCAGCCAUCUGCAGGCUCCCCUCGGCCCACCCCUGAACGUCACUGUAGGCCUCAUUCACCAGAUAGAUCGGCACACCGGCCGAAGCGAACGGGUCGGCUGCCAGGUCGGCCAGGGGAGCCUCGCACGAGCAGCAUGAUCGUGAGUGGCACUCCGCCGCGCCCCACCGGUGCCACCCUGCGCCGUGGCCGCGCGUGUCGGGAUACCACGAGGACAGGACGGCAAAGGACGGCUUCAGAGACAAUGUUUGCUUGUAGAGGGAAAGCUGAAAGACAUCACAUCGAGGGGCAAUUGUGUUGGGUGAUGCAGGGGAUGUGUUGGGUUCUGAAUCGAUGUGGGUACCGAUUUGUUUUGCAGCCCCUCUCGGUGGAAAUCAACCACCCUUCUGUGUGCAUGGUCUAACAACAGGGCGCAUCCCCGUGGCAUUUGUCUGUGCGUCAUCAUUGUGUCUUGGUUUACCCAAGAAGAGUUGCCCCUCCGGGGUGUCGUGGUCGAUGAUGGUGUACGGCGCCCCCCUCUCGCGCUGGAAGCGCCGGAAGAACUGCACACACCACAUGCAUUCAUGCAUAGACACACAGGUGGAUGGGAUAGGUGAUCGUCUGUUCGCACCCUUGCAGUCUCUCCCGCCUCGUCAUGCUCAUAGACCGCCAGAAGAAACCCAUAGCACUCCUCUGUGGCGUUGGAGCCACCGCGGCAUCUAAUAUGCCCAUCAUGGUAUCGACCUACACACACACACACACACACAGAGGCAUUCACCCACCCAUCCGUGUCUGUCUGUCUGUCUGUCUGUCUGUCAAUGCCGGCGCACCUUUAAGCAGCAUGUGUUGGGAGUCCCCCUCCUGGCUGAAGUCGCCUCCCACCAGAUGCAGUUUGGUCUGCCACCAUGCGUCAGAGUAGUAGAGGUACAGCUUCGUCACCGUCUCCCCCUCAAGUGUAUGCAGCGCCUUCCACCUCUCGACCGUCAUCAUCGUGGCCGGCAGAUCGCUCUCGCGUAGCACCUCCAGCAACGGACGCACCGGCACGUUCAGGACCACGCGGUCCGCCCGCACAUGAACGUCAUUCGCAAAGGAAAGUGUGAUGGGGCCCUCCUCUUCGCUAGACACAUUCAGCCGAGUGAGCUUGUGUCGCGGGAAGGUCCUGAUCCCCAGAGGGACGGUCUUGUUGACUAGUGUUUCCACCAUGACGAUCAGGCCGGCGUUGGCCCCAUCGCUGUCGACGAGUUUGUAGCGCUGGCAGUCGAGAGGGUUGUAGCACGACACAUUGAGACGUAGGGUUUCCUUCAAUGCCCACAUCGUCGGUGUGUGCGCCGGCCAGAUGCGGUAAGCUCCCGGCUCAACCACAAGAUCGCGAUACUGUCCCAGGCCUCGCAACGACAUGAUGCGACCGCUGAACCACACCGCACGCGCGCACACACACGGUUCGUCCGAUUGUAAUGGCCGACUCUCCGUCUAGCUCACCCGAGUCUGCUGGUCAUCUCGAACAUGCAGAUGUCUCUGCCAGUGUAGUUGCCUUCCUUGAGCAGCCGCCAGGCCACAUACGCCCCGCCAAUCCCCGCACCGACAAUCGCCACCCGACACCCAUCUGUGUCGGCCAGGUCCGACGAGGGCAGGUCUGCCGUCUUGCGGGGGCAGUAGGUGGGUCUGUGGGGAUAGCUGCAAUCCUCCUCGUAGCCCAGGGCGGCCAGCAGUGAUGCCCUCGAGUACGGGAGGGCCUCAUCUGGCCUCACGAAGAGAGAAGGGUGGGACGAGGGGGCAUCGCAAGGGGCAGAGGGCGAGUACAAGUAACGGUUGACGAGAAGGAGCAGGCCGACGACUGCAGCAUAGCAGCACGCACAGAGCAGCAGUGCAGAGUGCGGUGAGUCAGUCGAUGCGCGUGGUUUGCUGGCUUACAUAAUAUAGGCAAAGCAGCCAGAUGGACCCUCCAAUCUAGCCAGGAUGGACAUUGCCUCUCAAGUGGAGUGUCUGGCGUGGGCGGGCGUGGUUCAUCGUCAUCCCUGUCAACAGCGUCCACCGAUGCAUAUGCAGCAGAUGAGUCCUGGAUCUUCAUCUGGAAGUCGCCCCUGGCAGCCGACGGUGAAGACCUCAUCCUUGUAAAAGCUUGUCCCUUCU